GCGGGCAGGGGAAGGGCGCGGGCGGGCGCCGCGCCUGCGCAGAGCGCGCGGGCCGGCGGCGUGCGUGUUGUUGUGCGGCGGCGGCAAGAUGGCGGCGCACGGGGGCCCGGCGGCCGCCGCGGCGCUGAAGGGGUUAAUCCAGCAGUUCACCGCCAUCACGGGUGCCAGCGAGAGCGUGGGGAAGCACAUGCUGGAGGCGUGCAACAACAACCUGGAGAUGGCUGUCACCAUGUUCCUGGACGGCGGGGGGAUAGCGGAGGAGCCCAGCACCAGCUCUGCAGGGGUGUCUGCAGUUCGCCCCCACACCGAGGAUGAAGUACGAGCUCCAAUUCCUCAAAAACAGGAGAUUUUAGUAGAGCCUGAGCCCUUGUUUGGAGCUCCUAAAAGACGUAGACCUGCGCGCUCAAUAUUUGAUGGUUUUCGGGAUUUCCAAACAGAAACCAUUCGGCAGGAGCAGGAGCUACGGAACGGAGGGGCGGUGGAUAAGAAACUCACCACUCUUGCCGACCUCUUCAGGCCUCCCAUCGACCUGAUGCACAAAGGCAGCUUUGAAACGGCCAAGGAGUGUGGUCAGAUGCAGAACAAAUGGCUCAUGAUAAACAUUCAGAACGUGCAGGAUUUUGCCUGUCAGUGUCUCAACCGCGACGUCUGGAGCAACGAAGCUGUGAAGAACAUCAUCCGCGAGCAUUUCAUUUUUUGGCAGGUGUACCACGACAGCGAGGAGGGACAGAGAUACAUACAGUUCUAUAAAUUAGCCGAUUUCCCUUAUGUCUCCAUCCUGGAUCCCAGGACGGGCCAGAAACUAGUGGAGUGGCACCAGCUGGACGUGACGUCUUUCUUGGAUCAAGUGACCGGGUUCCUGAGUGAGCACGGACAGCUGGACGGCCAUUCUACCAGCCCUCCCCAAAAAUGCUCUCGUUCAGAGAGCCUCAUCGAUGCCAGCGAGGACAGCCAGUUGGAAGCUGCCAUCAGAGCCUCGUUACAGGAGACACAUUUCGAUUCCUCGCAGGCCAAGCAGGAGAGUCGGUCAGAUGAGGAGUCAGAGUCGGAGCUUUUUUCCGGAAGUGAGGAGUUUAUUUCGGUUUGCGGAUCUGAGGAGGAGGAGGAAUCGGAGGCUCCUGCCAAGUUGAGGAAAUCUCCGCACAAGGACUUGGGGUACAAAAAGGAGGAGAACCGGCGGGCUCAGCCUGAGCCCCCCACAAGGACUGACCCGGGGACGACUUCAAAUCACAGAGCGCUGCCCUGCGGGGACGCGGGGAUGCUGGAGGAGCCGACUGACAAGCCUGAAAGUACGUUUCAGGGCCUAGAUGUGAAUGGACCAAAGGCACAGCUGAUGCUCCGGUAUCCAGAUGGGAAGAGGGAACAAAUUUCACUGCCCGAACAAGCUAAGCUGCUGGCUCUGGUGAAACAUGUCCAGUCGAAAGGUUACCCCAACGAACGCUUCGAACUCCUCACCAACUUCCCCCGAAGGAAACUCUCCCACCUGGACUAUGAGAUCACGUUACAGGAGGCCGGCCUGUGUCCUCAAGAGACUGUCUUUGUGCAGGAGAGGAAUUAGCACGAGUCCUGCCAGCCUUCCUCCCCAUCCCUCUUCACCUGGGACACCGACUCUUGAAAUAUGCAGUUGAGGGGCUGGGAUCGCAGUGCUGGAAUCGGGCCCUUCUCUCGCUUCUUCCUUUCUCCUCCUCUACUGACCUAACAGGAGCGUUGCGAGUUUUAUUUCCUUCUCAGCUUGGGCCCUGCGGAGAGCACGGGGAAGAACAUCUUCCCUUUGUUUUCGUGGGAUAGAGCGAAACCAUAACCUCUGUACCCAGUAUGCUGGGGCUUGGAGUGGCCAUGACACACGUACCCUUCUCGCUGCUAUUCCUAAAUCUGUUUGGUUUAAUUUAUUUUUGAAAAUAGUGUGUGGUAAGGCACUGAAUCAUCUCUCUGUAAAGGAGAGUGUGUAAUCUUCAGUAUUUCCUUUGAUUCUCUACACGGUCUCCAUUAACCUUGCGGCCUUCUCAAGGGUUCACUUAUCUGGGGUUUGGGAGGAGCUGUGGUCAAAUACUCUGCUCCCAUCUAAUUUAAAGGCUUUUAGAUUGCGUGUAUGUUUUCCUCCUGCUUUAAAUGCUGCCGGUGGACAUAGUAAAAGAAAAAACAACCAACCAAAAAAGAACCACCACCCAGCUAUGGUCUAUAUGGCAUUGACUGCUUGGCCCAGGGGAAAAGCUGCAUUUCUGCUGGUGGGGUUUCCAGAUGGUCUCUCCCCACCAUCCCCUACACGUCUCCUUUUUACUUUCCCUCAGGAUUAUGCGAAUGAUGAAGGAAGGUGGCAGGAUACCGCCAAGAUUUUGGGCUCUCCGGAAAAUACCUGUUGUAAAAAACUUGAUUGUUGGCUUUUAGCACCGUGUUUUGUUUCGCUUUCCCCAGGAGUGACCGAGCUGUGCGGGGGUUUCAGAGCGCUGACCGUGACUGAGCAGGACAGCGAGUGCGAGGCAGGUUGUCUUUCAUUAAUUUAAAAACAUGCACAGCCUUGUCACGCUGUGGACUGUUUCCAUGUCAGUCUAUAUCUGGGAGGUGGUAUGGAAAGCGACCAGGUUAUUUAGGCUUUUUUUCAGCUCUGGGAGCUGGCACCAAAGUCCUGGGCCGUGCCUGUUUGCCCAGUGUCUUCUCUAGACCUUGAGUUGUCGACCCGUUGGUAUUUCAGUGGGAUCAAAGUUAACUAACAUAGCCAUCCUCAAGUUGGGCCUUAAAUUUGUGCAUUUACAACUAAGAACUCGGUUUAGCGUGCUCUUCAUCAGUGGGGUAAAAGGCAUGUGAGACCUACCAUGACUGCUAAUGUUUCUGCAGCUGUCAGACGAUUAUGCUUGUUAAAGAAAAAAGGCUUAAGUGAUCAGAAAUUUACCAUAGACUAAAACUUUUCAAGCUGUUUUGUCCUCAAUUUCGUACUAGCCUGCGUACCCUGGAGUCUUUAAAUGUAGGAAAUCACAGAAAACGCCUCACAUUCCCCAUGCUGGUGUUAGCUCACCACUGUCUUCUGCUCAUCGUUGAGGUUUUACAUGUAAUCAUACAAUUGUAUAAAUUGAUUUCCCUUCUGCACAAAACUAUUUUGUGUUGUGUGGCAAGAUGUGCUAUCAGGAAAGCAAAGUCUGGUCACGGUUUCCUGAUCAAUGGUUGAUGUGGCACCAGAUUUGUGGUGGCGGCUGGGAAGGGAAUCGUGAAGCCAGCGGACGAGUCGGGAUGUUGGUGUUUGGGCUGUGAAGCAGCUGAAAGGUCCUUUGUGUCCCUAUGAUAUCCAAAUUCAUCACUCGGACAGGAGGAAACCCUUUCUGUGUAGGUCUAAUGCUUCCUAAGUAGCUUCGGGUGUCUCGUUGAAAUAACUCUGACCUUCUUUUUGCCUUGGAACGCAUUCCCUCUGCUGUGGUUAAGCCACAGGAAAAUUCCGGCGGGCUGCCGGCAGGACAUGGCACUGGCGCGUGUACAGAUGGUCCUUUGGUGUCCCUUGGGCAGGCCAGCAUGGGAGCGCCUUGACCUUUCUGCUCUCCUGCCUUUGCGGUUCCACCGCUCCUGUGAGAUGUGGCGGGUAGGUUGUGUUUUCUGGUGGAGGGCCAGCUCUGUUUUGGACAGGCCUGGGUUUGUACCUGCUCUUGGAACGUGGUUCCACGUUGGCUUUUGUAGCAGUUAAGUUAAACAUUCAAAAUUGACUCUGCCCUUUCAGUGCUAGGUCUGUCUUAUUGGUGGCUUCUCUUCUCUCUUGUCCCUCUCUUCUUCGUCCCUCUCUUCUUUGUCCCUCUGCUCUCCCCUACCAUACAUGCAGCUAGGUUGUUAUUAAUGUCUUGAAGCAAUCUGAUAUAAAGUCAUCACUAAUCUGAUAUAAAAUCCUCCCUGUAUCAGCAGCAGGGAAGCGGCAGGGAUCCUGAACUUUUCCCAUCAGUUCUUCCCCUGGAGAGACUACAGGCUGCGUGGUCCCGUACCAGGAACCUUCCUUCCCCCGUCGCUCGGAGCCAAGGCAUCCGACAGCUCCUUCCUUUCCUCUGUGCUCAGAAGUAACCUCACACUCAUCACCUCGCUCUCCAAACCAAACCGGGAGCCCUAGGUCAGUCCGCUCUUCAUUCCUUUUGUUACGCGAGGAAGCAAACGUUGCCUGCAGCAGGUUUAUUUUUAAACCAUUGAGGAACGCGUCUCUUGGGCGCAGUAAACGGUUUUGCUGGCUGGUGUGGCGGCACCAGGAGUGCUUCUGCUCUCACUUCAUUUUUUGUUUCUUGGAGUUUUAUUUAGAAAAAUAUUACUCUUUUAAUAACCUAUUACUCUUUUAAUAACCUAAUGUGUGUCCAUCAGCUGUGCUGCUGCUGUUUGCACCAGCCGGGAUAGAACCUUUUCACGCCUUCAUUCAUGUUUGAAGCCCUUUGGAGCUUGGAGGAAUGUGACUGAAAAUGUCACCCACGUUAUAGCUGUGGCAGCUUGUAGCAGUGAAGGUACAAGCUUGUUGGGCUCCGUUUAUAAACCAUUUGUCACAAUCAUUUCUAGACGUUCAGUCUGACGCUCAAAUUGCUUUUGGCAAGGUUGGAAAAAAAACGCCUUGAGUCUCAGAUUGCAAAAGGAGAUGUUGGAACAUACAGGAGAGAGGAAAGAAAUCCUUCAAAGGCUGUGGCUUGUGGCUUCCCACGGGUGUUGCUUGGCCAUAAUUUGGGUGUCAUGUCCCCCUGAGUUUGUAGGAGCAGAAGCACAUGUGGACGGUGGGAAUAGAGAACUGAACAGAACUAACGUGUUUCAGGCUGUAUCCUGGUGAUGUUUUUGCUGUUGGCUUCUCCCUUGUGAUCCUUCAGAGGCCCGGGGAAGGAUUUGGGGUCUUCCCAAUCAUACCUGCACUAAAUCAAGCUGAUUGAGCAGCAUCAACCUCGCAGCAUUCCCUCCCAGCAGCAAAAGGGCAGGUUAAAGGCUGCACCAGAUGUUUCUGGGCGUACACGAGAGGCCGUGAGUUGCCAUCUGUGAUUAUUACAUUUCUGACGUUUGGGGGCUGAAGUGUGUUGCCCUUCCUGAGAAAUCAGAUAAGUUAACACCAUUAUUAAAAGAAUGCACAUGUGUGCACAUAGUAGCCUUGUAAAAUAGUUGUCUCUAAAAGGGCACCCAAAGGUACUGUUGUUCCAAGUGGAUUUAAACAGCAAUUUUGCAUCAGCGUAGUUUCCAGAGCUGCUUCACUAUUACAGAACAACACCUCUCAUCCGUAAAGCACAUCCCUUGUUUGCUAGUGCAAACAGCAUUUCACAUCGUCCGCGACUUUCUUAGCUGCAUUUUUUAAAGAUUUUAUAUACUCAGCUGCACCAGCUUAUACCAACUUCCAUUUACUGCUGGUUUGUGCCCUUGCAGAAACGGGCAGCCAGUUUUAGAACGUGUUUUAAUAAAUAAACCUCACUGCUGAAGGGCCGGGUGUUGGGAAUUGCUGUUCUUGCCCAAGCACUGAGCUUGUUCGCAGCGACUCAGGAGCCACAAGGGCUAAAGGAAAAGCAACUUUCUUUUGGGGACAAGGCGUCACUUGUGCUGCGUUUGUCAGGUUCCAAACACUGGGGAGAUGCAUCAAAUGUGGUGGGUUUGGGUUCUUUCUAAACCGUGUGGAAACAGAUAACACCUGUGUGGGAGUGUCCGUGUGAAUGGGAAAACGUGUCAUUUCAGGAAUUUCUUUAAUGUUUAUGCCUUCUUAGUUUGUAGUAAAUGUCACUGCUUGCUGAUUCCUCUUUAGUCAAGUUAGUAAGAAUAUUCCCAGAGGAGAAGGGGUGGCAGGGAUGCGCUUGAGACGGGUGAAGUGCAAAGUCUCGGUCCCGCACCGACUGCAUGUGCCUUGUCGAGCUGAUUUAACAGAUUCAAAUCCCUCUUCUAUUUAUCCCUUUCCAUUUAUUUAUUUUAACAGAAAAUACUUUCUACAAACGCAACAGCUGCGGGUUUACAGGCGAAACAAAACGCGUGUGUCGAGCCCUAUAUUGGCCAUCCAUGGUGUUGGCAAGACCGACAGUCGCGUGUUUGGAGUUGAUGUGAACACAUUUAAUGACCGGCUGUUGAGGUUUGUUGGUUGACGUUCUGCAAAGAGAGUCUUGCCGAGGUUUUCUCUGUGCGAGCCCAAGAUCUCACCGCGGUUUAGUGAUGUUAAUGUCUGCUCCUGAACUGGUGAGGUUAAUGGAUUCCCUUUCGGUCGUGGUGUACAGGGCGACUUUUACUCCAGUCUCCUUUUGUCCGUGAGAUGCUUAAUGUCUGUCCGCCCCCAAUAAAUAUAGCCAUAUGUAUAUACUUAUAUAUACACACACAUGUGUUUUUAAUCGGAGAACGUGGCACUUGACAUCAGUGCCUCAACCUGCCUCAGUUUAAAUGGGUAAGUAACGAGUGAUUGCACAAGUUCGGGAUUUGAUCGCCGUCAUUAAUUACUGUGCUGCAGUACAGAGAAAAGUCAUUUUGUAAUUGCUCGUUAAAUGCUGCUGAGACUUUGAGGUAUAGCAGGAUCAAUGGUAGAAGUCUGUGGAGCGGGGGGACAAGGUGCUAUUUUAGAGAACAGAUGUACAUGAAGAACAUCUGGGUAAAACCCCACUCAGAGACACGGUGCCUCAUCAGAGACACCGGACCAUAGGGUAGAUGGUUUUUACAAAAUGAGCCUGUUUCCUCUAAUUGAUGAAAUUAGGGUUUCAAAAUUAUGUGUUUGCCUGUCGGUUUUUACAGUAGUCACCUUAUUCUUCAAUGAUGGCGACUCCAUGUGGGAGGAGGGAGAGGAUUAAUUGGGAAGAUUUCAGCUCACUGUGCUGGGAGGGACCAAACUCAAGGAAACCUCUGAUCUAUAUACACAACUGCUGCAUUUUUUUAUAAAUAUAUGUAAAUGUCCUAUUGUAAUAUUUGAUCCUGGAAAUAAAACAAACUGUUUUCAGUA